AUGAUUGGGAUUCAUGGCGAGUACGUGCAAGUCAUACCUCGUUUUCAUGACCUGCCGUACUAUUCAGACAAACUCGACCAACUUCCCGAUGAUCCGGUCCUUGGGAUUCUUCAAUUUACUUUCAAUCCCGACGUCGACGUCUCCGAUGCAUCACAGCGCGCAUCAAUACUCUGGCAGAAGUCUUUACGCUUUGUUUCGACUAUCCCUGGUUUUCAAAGACUCCAUUGGUCGUCAGUGAACGAUGUCUCGCCGUGUCAGCAGAUUAUCGUACUGAUCCAGUGGGAAAACGUGCUUGGCUGGAGACUAUUCCAAUCUUCUCUUGGCUUCAGCAUGAUGCUGGGAUAUAUCUCCCAAGCCUCCAACCCUCUAUCUGCUUCUCAGCUGGACGAGAAAGCUGGCUUCAAAGCCAAAUGGGGAAACGCAUUUCCCAAACCUGUCAAUGGGAUUAUUCCAAGCUCCGAAUUAGCUCACGCCUGUGGGCAAUGGCUACAAAGAGACCAAGAAUCGGAGGACCAGUUUUUUAUUGGCCUGCUCUUUUGGAACUCGACUCCACAAUUUGAGGGUCAUCUGCAGCUUCGAGGGGGAGGUAGUCAAAAUCUCACAAAACAUAUAGCAGAGCUCAUCGAAGAUGCGAUGCAUAUGGUCUCGGCUUGCACAGGCCAGCUCAAUCACGUAUCCGGUGAUCCUCUACCAGACUCCACGCAGUGUCAAAUCAAGCAUCAGGCUUUCCACAUAGAUGUAAAGCCAAUAUACAGCGCCAAAGAAGAUCAAAAUGAGUCUGGUAAAGAUAAGUAUCAUGUGGAAAGUAUGUCUCAGGCGCGAAGAAAGCCCCGGGAACGUAUAGCUGCUGGGCCCGCCGGUGCGUGGUACAUAAUGGCACACAUCUCUCAGCAUCAUCUACCCCGUCAAAUGAACAGCUCAGAGGUGGAUGUCGUUCAAAUGAUUUCUUUCCGUACUCAGCGUGGAAACACACAGGUACAGAGUCAACUUGAAGCACUUCGUGUGAAAUUAUGGAAACUCGGGGAUUGCCCCCCACUCGCUUGGGGUAAAGAAAAAGAAAAUGAAGGGGACUGCGACAAAUUCCUACUUUUCCUUGGUAUGACUUUGAUCCAGCAAGUCAUUCAAGGCGGCCAAACUUCUCCAUGGUCCGCUUUCAUUACCAAUUGCGGUGCAUGGGCUCCGGAUCAACAUUGCGCGCACAGAGACAAGGAACCCGGAACGAAGGAGUUCGUCUCAGUGUUUCGUUGCGAGAUGGAAGGGGCAAGAGAAGAGUGGUACAGUGAUUUCGCUAAACGAUCUCGAACUCAGUAUGAUCUCCUGGGUCAUAUCACUUACUGGCUGCGGACGUUGUCGACGAGUAUUGAGAACUACUAUGUCGUCUUCGAAAAGCCAGAUCCUUGGAUGAUCACCGAUAUGGCGGAAAAGAAGGAGCGUGAGGAGCCAAUCAUUCCACCGUCGAUUUUCGAUGUCCCCUGGGCUACUCAAAAAAUCCCUUCGCCAGAUUUUCAACCUUUUUAG